AGCGAAUCCGUCGAGGACGCAGUCUGUGUUGUGGUGUGGUGCUGUGAUGAAUAGACCGACAUCGCUACAGGCGCAAAAAUAUUACGUCAUCGGUCGUGUCACAUGCCAUUAGAAGUGAAAAUGUAAUGGUGUAAAAGAGACUGUCAGUGCUGCUUUGCACUGAUGCAAGAGAGAUGACACUGAACCUGAAUGAAAAUACUGAUGAGUGACACUUAUUUGUAAAUGCCAGAAGGUAUUGCAAAUAAACGAUACAUUAAACGACAAGGAAAUCAAGAAAGCUCUGCGCAGUCGUGGCUGCAACUUCUCGAAGUUAAUAAUAUCACCGUUUGCCUCUCGAGAAGUGCAGUCGAGCGUGCGUGAGUGAGUGCGUGCGUCUGUUUGUGUGUGUUUGUGUUGGGGGCGGCUGAAGAAGAGGAGGAGGAGGAGGAGGAGAGAAGAGGGCGCAAGUGAGUUAAAGCCCCGACUUGGAUGGUGGUCUUAACUGCCUCUAAUCGUGAGUGUGGCGAGGCCCUGUUUCAUGUGAGGAGAGCAGGGUAGUGUGUGGGAAAGAGUGAGUGCCAUACACACCACACACACUCCUCGUCCCUGUCUCUGUCCUUCCUUCCUCCUGUCCUACCUCGUCGAGGAGAUCGUUCCUCGUACCCUUUCUGCGUCCGAGGUACUGAGGUCAUGCCCUAAAGACAGGAGGUGGAAUCAACCUCCUUUUACGUAAACGACCGAUCGACGAUGGCUGACCUCGUUUGAGAUUCAAUCGUGCAGUGCUGUGUGGUCCCUCUCCACCCCCUGCCCCCCGCCCCCGACGAUCCGAGGGUCGAAUGGAAUGGAGGCCCCUGGCGAGAGUCGCAUCCCAACGGUGCGACGGUCGGCCCUCCCCAGGCCCACCUCGGCAACUCCAUCUGUUCUGCCACUUAGCCCAGUGCAGUUUAAGCCUGGCUUCAGCCCUCUUACUCCAGUCCAUUCUCAAGUGACACCAUCAUCAUCUCAUCUGUUCGAGGCUCCUCCUAGUCAUCUGUGCUCCAGUUCGAAAGUGCUUCGCUCUGCUUCCCCGACCUCCCCCCAACCCUCUCUGCCUCGCAUAAGAUUGCCUUCAUCGAAACUCUCUCGAUUCUCCGACACUGAAGUUGCGGAGUCACCGAACCGUCGUGCCCAAAGACCUGUUUCAGGUAGCGGUCGCCUGAGCUACCACGCCACCGAAAGCUGGUCAGACGAAGAACGAUUAUGGGGAAGAGAGGCUCAGGAAGGGAGCUCUAUUAAUAUUAAAAGUCUCAGAGCAUCCACCGAGUCUUCUUUUUCUAAACAACUUGCAAAAAUCACCGGAAGUUCAAAUGAGGAUGUGAGUGACCUUAGCCUUAAUUUUCGUGUUUCAACGAGUAUACAUGGGCCACGUUCCUGUUGGGAAGGUCCUCUUCACUCUGUGUCUUCGGCAGAGCCAACAACAUCGCACUUAACUCGAGACUCUGUUGGCAGACGAGUCGUUGUUGGUGGAGUAGAGCGUGGCACUCUACGGUAUUAUGGACGAACUGCAUUUGCUGGAGGAGACUGGUGUGGGAUUGAGCUUGAAAGAGCUGUUGGUAAGAAUGAUGGCUCAGUAGAUGGUGUAAUAUAUUUUUCAUGUCGUCCUGGCCAUGGUAUUUUUGCGCCUGCUGGUAAAGUGUUCCUAGAUCUUGAACAUAUUGUAAGUGAUGAGGCAAUUUCCAUAAGCAACAAAAACAGUCAAAGUCAGGUCUGGCAAGGCUUCAUGCCGUCCUCUACCCAUUCUCAGGAAGCCAAUGCUGUUAGGCGCCGGCCAUCUGACGCGUCGAGUGCCACAUUUACAAUUGAAGGACAUGACUCUUCUCUUCCAGAUUCCCCAGAGAGUCAAGGAUCUCUUCAGCAACCACACGAAUGUACACAAGCCAAAAGACCAUCUAUUCAAGAUGACCGGGAAGAGGUUGCUAGUCUAGGAUCUCCUGAAGAUGCCACCUGUGAUGAAUCGUCUCUUGGUAUUUUAACACCAGAUCAGAUGCCUGACUUCACAGUUACAGCUUCAGCAUCAUUAGGAAGAUCACCAUCAGAUGAAGAUGUAGCAGCUUUAGAAGAUGAAGUAUGUGAUGGAGAUUCUCCUGUAGGAGCUGUUGCUAAUAUACCAGCUAAUAGCCAACUACUGAGAUGGGAUUCAGAUCCAAGCGCACUCUGUGUUGAGGAGUUGUUUAAGAAUGAUGUGUCUGCAAUUAUCAGGGAGUUAAGGACAUCGGCAGAAGUUAGCUCCUCUGGUGAAAGUUCACCAACAAGACCUCAUCCUUCCCCUGAAACUGAACAGUUUCAACAUGAUGAAGAAGAUAUGGAAGCAUUACAGAAAAAAGAGGAUGAAGGGCUUAAAAAUAGAAACAUUGCAGAAUCUAAAGAGAGACUGCGGAAAAUCACUCUUCAAGAUGAAUGCCAUACGAUACCUGAGCUUAGAGAAGUGCCUGCAGGUGUUGACCUGUCAAGAUUACCAGCAAUGGGCAGACGGGUUGCACCACUUACCACCCGUCUUUUGCUAGCAGCAACAUCAGCUAGUGAUGUACCACCAGAAGUUGAAGCUACUUGGAGUAAUGCUGCAGCAGCUAUGACUACAAGUGCAGGUAGCCUAGAUCAAGGGUAUCAAGGUGAUGCUGAAUGUGACCCACGCUCAGAAGGUGGGACUGGAACUGCCUCCUCACCCACUGAAGAUGUCCGAUUGUUCCAUGGCGUUAUUGAUGUUGAAAGGUUAACUGAAGCAGAUGUCAGCUUAGCUGACGAUGAAGGCGAGGUAGAGCACCACAGUGGUGUUGCAGCUAGAGACAGGUCUGCCAGAAUAAUCGAUGGCAAAUUGUAUCAUAGUCAUAGAGAACUUGGAAGAGCACAUGAUCCUCAUGGAUCUGAAAUGGAUUCUUCAGGCUUUUAUUCAGACCUUGAUCCACGAGAUCGCGAUGCUGAAGAUGAAAGUACAAGAACUGAUUUGGAGCCAGUUCAGGAGGCUCAAGGCACUUCCAAUAUGCAUGAUUCCCUGUUGGAUGAUCCAAGCCAUGCACAAGAUGACAGCACAAAUCAUGAUCAUACGUUUGAUGACCAUUCACUUAAAGAUGAGUUGUUCGACGAGAAGGCUGGAGCUACUGUGUUGGAUGAGGAGGACAGAAGCUCGUGCAGCACUCUCCGGCCAGAAUCUAAGGACUUGACUCCAAUUGAGCACCAAAAUCGGUCACCUUCACCAACAGACAAUAAAUGUUCACCCUCUCCAAACAAUAGUUCUGCUUCAGUUGAUGAUGUUAAAGUAAGUCCUCUGACGGACUCUAACACUGAAGGAACAGUAAUUGCAACAACAGAUACCAAACUAACUGAUUCUGGCAUUUCUGUGGAAGGAGGUGAAGAUGGAGUGAAAGCACCAAUACCAAAAGCCCGAACUUAUGACAAACCUUGGUUGUCCAGACCCCCACCCCCUAAAAAGAAAGAGGAACAGAGAAAGCCCCUACAACCCCCACCCCCUAUGCCCAAGAAAAAUGUACAGUCGAAGCUCAAGGCCCUACUGGAGGCUCAAGAGCCAACCCCUGACGAGGCGCGGCGACCUCGACAACCUCGCAAGAAUCGCUGGGAUGAAGUAAUGAAUAAGAUAGCAGAAGGGCAAAAGGAUGAAAAAGUGAGACCAAAGGUAAAGGAGGUGAAGAGUCGUCUAUUGGAUGGCUUGAAAAUGCAAGUUCAAUUAUCACCUCAAGCUGAACGUAUCCGGCAAGAACGACGGGAAAGGCGGGAGCGUCGAGAACGGCAGGCUGUCGCUGCUGCCAAUGCAGCCAGGCGAGCCAUUCAGGCAAGAGGGGACAGGAAGAGGAGUUCUGCGAGCAUUCGAAGCAAUCGAACAAGUCGAGCGCCGUCGCUCGACUCGCUCCCGACCGACCCGACGCGGCCAUACAGUCGCGGAUCGACACCCGAACAGUCCAUCGCAUCCAACAAAUCCAAUGUGGACAAGCUGGCAACCACGUCUCGUCCCGUGUCCCCUUGUCCCAGUGACGUCAGCUCUUCGUCUGACCAGUCUCAUUCGUCCAACCUGUCACAUGUGUCGUCACGGCUGCCAAUCAGGGCGCUGCAUGUGUCUGGCCCCGCGCACGUGGCGGGCUCCGUCAACUCCCUCUGUUCCACAGCUUCCGGUGAAGGAGGCGAUUCGAGGGCGUCUCGAGACUCCCGCGUCCUCACCGCCAACCGGGUCAAUAUCAGCAAUGGAGAGAAGAAGCGCUCUGACGUAUCGGCUCCUCCACGAAGACCCCGUUUGGACAACGUUAAGUCCACAAUUCCAAAACCGGGUCGACUUCCUCCAAGAAAGUUUACAGACCCGGUGAAGGCAGCGCGCCCUGGGGGACCUACCAGCGGUGGCCCGCGCGGGCAGCACCUCGGAGGGCAUGGCGGCGGCGGCAACGCAGGCGGCGGCGGGCCGGGGCAGCAGGAGCGGCAGCAGCACCCAGCGGUGCCGCACGCCGAACAGCUGCGCCGCCUGGACGCCGAGCUGACGGCGAGGGCGACGGAGCUGAAGGUGGCACGGACAGAGAAGGACCUCGUCGAGAGGAGAGUCGAGGCUCUGACCGUCCUCAUCCACCAUCUCACCAAUCACUACGAGCCCUUCUUAUGUCCGACACUCAAGGCUGAAGUAGUAAGACUGAACCAGCAGUUGACUGAUACUAGACUUAGUCUGGAUGAGAGCACGGCGGCAGUUCGUCGUUUGCAGGAGGAAGCAGCGCAAAGCGUUGAACAGCACACCCAGAAGGUGCAGGAACUAGAACAGAGACAUAAGGAGACGCUCGAGAAGCUCACGAAACAACAUCAACAUGAUCGGGACUUGGCGAUCGAGAAGCAUCGCAAGGAGCUGUCGCAGUUUGCAGAAGAUCAGCAGACACAGCGUGAGGACUUGAGCAGGGCCCAUUCAGCUGAAAUAGAGAGGCUUGAAGGAGAAUGGCGAACAAAACUCGAUGUACAGCACGAGAAACAUCUUUGUGCUGUCCAGGAGUUGAACACGCAACAUACUCACAAAUUACGUGAGCUGGAAUCAUCACGUCAAGCGAGAGAGUUUGAAUUGGAAGAGACAAACCAUCGUCUACAAAGUGAACAGGAGGCCCUGAAAAUUCAGUCAAAGAAAUUAGAAGAGUCCUUACUCAAUGACACAGACCAUAGAUUACAAGCAGUCCGCAACAUGUGCACAUCUCUCAAGAGUGAGGUGGAUUCUCUAAAGACUGUCGUGGAGAUGAAAAAUUCUGAGAUUCACACCCUUCGAGGACAAGUAGCUGAAAUGGGUCGUCUAUCUAAAGAGCUUGAAAUUGCAAGGGAUAAAGCCAAGUCUCUACAAGCCAAAACAGAAGAUCUGCAGGCACAAAUGGAAAAGAGAGCCCUUUCAGAGAGACAUCUUGUAAAUGAACAUAGACUCUUAAUGGAAACAUGCCAACGCGAAGCCAACAUUAACAAGCGUCUUAGCUUAGAAAAUGAAGAGUUAGCUUGGAAACUUCGACAGCGAGAGGAAAUGUAUACUUCUUUGCCUUCUUCAACCCUAGGCUUCAGAUGUCUUUUUGGAGGCAGUAGACCAGAUCUUGUGAGCCGCUCUCCUGCUACACCACGGCGCCAAGAGGGGGCGCCUUCCCCUCAGGCUGCCCCCCAUUCACCCAGGGUAGCUGUUCGAUCUCCCUCUGGAAAAAUUUCACCUUCAAAGUGUGAGGUGAACAAACGUAGGUCCCGAUUAGGCCUUAGUUCAGAGGAUGGUGUAAAUGGAGAUGACAGGGUACAGGAUGUUUCCAUAGAUUCUCCUCCCCCAUCACCAUGUGUCAAAGCAGUGGUGGAAAAAUCAAACUCUGUUAGCUUCAUCCUAGAUCUUAACGAUUCACAAUCAGAUGAUAGCUUCUUGGACCUGCCUCCAUCUCCCCGACCACGACCACAGCGAACAGCCUCUCUUAGUGCUGCUGACCGCCCACGCACCCCUAUUCAUGCACGUAGAGUUAUUCACAAUAACAGAGCUAAUAGUUUAAACAGAAAUGGAGUGCACCUGGAAGGGAGACAGAACAGCAAAAGUGAGUUAAACGGUAAGAGGAAAGAAGUUAAUGGAAAAUCACAUGACACUAAUGGUCAUGGUAGCCAGCCAAGUUCUGGUCGAAGUGCCUCUGAGAGCAGUGAAGGAGGUAGUGAAAUGGAGAGGGUUUCACCAACUGGUUUAGCAUGGACUGUACCUGUGCACCCACCAAAAUCACCUGUAAAAACAAAUGCUCUAAGGCAAAAUGGGUCACCAGUUAGAGGAAGAGUAGAGCACCAUCUUUUGGAAGAUCCUGAUGAAGAUGAAUAUGAAGAAACUCCAGAAGGAACUCAUCAGUUUAUUGAAGUAGUGGAACUGUCAAGAGUUGGCCUUGUCAGUAGUUCAGAGGCUGCUAGUGAUUCAGAAUUGUCACAGUGUGAUUUGAUUAAGGGUGGUUCUUCAACCGACUCGGAUAGUGAAAGCAGUGAUGGUGAACCACAUACACAGCAAGGUCCUUCAAGUCACCAUGAACAGCUAGCUCGUAAAAAUGGGCCUUGGUGUCCCAAAGAAGGUGCAGGAGAAGCAAUGAUAACAGAUGAUUUAUUAAAACAAUAUUCUGGUGACAACCUUGCUAUUGAGCCCCUACCUACCAGGGGUAAAAGACCACCUCGUCGCUGCUUUCCCUCAGCACCAUCAUCAGACUCUGAUGAUAAUAUGAACGCACACAAUGAAGGAACUACUGUGGAUGUAAGCUGGUCUGAGGACAUCACUUCAAGUUCUGAGAUGCAUGAGCUGUGAAAAAUUCAGCUUACCUCCUUCCUCUCGACCGAAACGUGACGAACGACUGCGAACGACUAAGCACUGCCACAGCUUUCUGACUUGCCAUGACAAGUGAUCUCCAAUGGUACAACCUCCUUUCUAAAUGAACUGUGGGCCACAAAAGCCUGAAGUUUUGUUAAUGAGUUUUCCAGAAGAAAAUAAAGGGUAUACAUUUCCUUAUAGGAGAAAUAAUGCCAACACCAGAGUAUAAAAAAUCCACUUGAUUAUGGCUAAGUUUGUUGUGUUUAUUUUCUAGUCAAGCUGUGUAUGUCCAUAAUGGAACCUACAGUGCCCCUUCCCUUAAGAGCUGUGGUCAGCCAAAGCUUUGGUUCCCGUAGGAAUUGUACAUACAGUAUAUUUUCCCCGUGAGGAACCAGAGCUUUUCCAGUGUCCUCGUUACCAGCGUGCCACUACAAGCAAUAGUAGCAUUCUUGGGCUAAGUAUUGCCUUAUCAGACCUGUGUUUGGUCACUUCCAUGUGCCACCUACAUACAUAUAUAUAGUAUAUACAUAUAAUUUUUUUUUAUUUUACUUUAUUGGUGGUAAACCACGCAUCCUUCAUAUUGAGGUUAGUGCAGAUUUUGCCCACAAUUAUAUGAGGAUCAUUAUGGUUGUAUAAAUAGACUUGGCACUUGGUUGUAAAUAAAGGAUCCCCUGUAACUGAAAAUAAAAUUGUAUUAUCACUCAAAAUAUAUAGUGUAAUAUAUCUCGAAUGAGCAUGAAGUAUUUACGGAUUCAACCACAGAGCUUAUUACCCCUAUCGUCAGUCCAGAUUACUGUAAUCUUUCUAAUGCACAAUGGAAAGCGCAAAGAAGUUUUGGUUUAAAAGUGACAUAAUAUUGUUUUAUUACAUAUGUUAAAAAACAAGCCUGUUCUGUAAAUGGCCCACCAGAUGAGGCUAAUUUUCAAUGCCUGCAUGAGAUGCCUUGGUCAACUGAAAUGUGCCAUUAACUCCUGUUGUUGUGAUGCAAGUUGUUUCAAGUUAAUGCCACUUAUAUAUCUACAUUUACAGUAUACAGUAUGUAAUGUAUUUUCAACUAAUUAGGUCACUAUAAUCUACAGUGAAUAUUGUGAACAUCCAUGUGCUUUUACAUAAUCUUUAAAGACACACUAAUGGGAGUUAAAAGCACAAAAUGUUGGUCAUGAUCAUGUUGAGGAAUGCUGGUUGAUGCCAUUUCAUUCUACCAUAUGCAGGAAGACACACAUUUACAUAUGCAAUAUGGUGCCAUGUGAUACCUGUUUUUUCUACCCAGUGUGCAAAGUGCUAACAAGAUCAUGUGUAAUAAUCAUUCAGUCUUUUCUGUUGGCUUAAGAAGCAAUUUUGUGUUAAAGGAAAUGUACCGAAAGGCUCUUUUUACUUGUUUUGCAAAUAAGGGAGACUGCCACAGAGUAAUUAUUUCUAGAAUACAUAAGAUUGCUGAUAUUGCCAUCAUGUGUAGUAAAAUGAAAACAAAAAAUGUAUCUUCCAGUUGAUUAUUUAUAUAGACCAUUUUCCCUCCUAUUAUUAGAAGUGUGUCUUGGUUUUCUAAUUAUUUAAGAGUAUUACAGCAUUGUGUAUUCUAAGUUCAAAGCCCUGAUGUGAUCUUAAUUACAUCCAGCUGUUAAGUUUAAAGCCCGGAUGUGAUCUUAUUGUAGGAUAUAGAAAUAAAGCAAAGCUCUAUUGAA